UUCUCGUACUUUUUCGUCCAUUUGAUGUGUGUGGGAGAGAGCUAACGGGACAACAUGGCUACACAAGCGGCUCGGUACUACAGCGAAGGCGGUAGAGCAACAAAGCGCCAAAAGACUGAUAACGACGGAGGAAUGGCGACUGAGGGCUAUGAGGACCCUCACAAACCUCACCCAUCGCUAGUGGUUCACAUAAGAGGCUUGGUGGAUGGGGUUUUGGAGGCAGACAUUGUUGAAGCCUUGCAGGAGUUUGGGACCAUCAGUUAUGUAGUGCUGAUGCCCAAAAAGCGCCAAGCCCUGGUCGAAUAUGAGGACAUGAACGGCUCUGCCAGUGCUGUGGCGUAUGCCAACGACAACCAGAUCUACAUCGCUGGAAACCCUGCAUACGUAAAUUACUCAACCAGUCAGAAGAUCUCCCGGCCCAGCAACGCAGACGACGCUUCCAGUGUUAAUAACGUUCUGCUGUUUACUAUCAUGAAUCCCAUUUAUCCAAUCACUACGGACGUGCUGUAUACAAUUUGCAACAAUUGCGGUCCCGUUCAGAGAAUCGUCAUCUUCAGGAAAAAUGGUGUCCAGGCUAUGGUGGAAUUUGAUUCAGUCCAGAGUGCACAAAGGGCGAAGGCCUCUCUCAACGGAGCUGAUAUAUACUCAGGCUGCUGCACACUAAAGAUCGAGUAUGCCAAGCCGACACGUCUCAACGUAUUCAAGAACGAUCAGGACACGUGGGACUACACCAAUCCUAACCUGGGCAACCAAGGUGCAGACGCUGAAGGCGACUGGGUCGAUCAAGAUAUGAAUGGUCACUCCAACAAGCGCCAGAGGCAGCCGGCUCUGCUGGGACACCACCCGCCAGAGUACGGUGGUUACCACGGCUUCCAGAACGACAGUUACGGGGGGUACGACGAGCGCCGCAUGGGCCCGGCUAUGGGCGCCCCGCGGAGGGGGGGCGGCAAUCAGCGCUACGGAGGGCAGUACGGUGCACCGCCGCCUCCACCGCCAGGGGAGUACAGCGCCCACGCCGAGUCCCCGGUCAUGAUGGUCUACGGCUUGGAGCCAUCCAAAAUAAACGCAGACAGGGUGUUCAACAUCUUCUGCCUUUAUGGCAAUGUUGAGAAGGUGAAGUUCAUGAAGAGUAAACCAGGUGCCGCCAUGGUGGAAAUGGGCGACUGCUAUGCUGUAGAUCGAGCCAUCUGCCACCUGAACAACUAUUUCCUGUUUAACCAGAAACUUAAUGUCUGUGUAUCCAAGCAACAGGCAAUCAUGCCAGGUCAGUCAUACGAACUGCACGACGGCUCCAGCAGCUUUAAGGAGUUCCACGGCACCAGGCACAACCGCUUCUCCUCCCCAGAAAUGGCGGCCAAGAAUCGCAUCCAGCAUCCCAGCAACGUGCUGCACUUCUUCAACGCCUCUCCAGAGGCCUCAGUGGAGGUCUUCUCUGAGCAGGUCUGUGAAGAACUUGGCUUGAAGAAUCCAUCUAAUAUCAAACUUUUUGCUGCCAAAGGCGGUGCUUCAUCAGAAAGGAGUGCAUCAGGGCUACUAGAAUGGGAGAGCGUCAACGAUGCCAUGGAAGCUCUCGCCCUGAUGAAUCAUUACCAGAUGAAGAACCCAAAUGGUCCAUACCCCUACACACUGAAGCUGUGCUUCUCCACCGCACAGCACGCAAACUGAACAGGGACCAGCGCCACGAGUUCCGGCACCGCCACAAAGGUGUCCCAUGUCUAUCGUCCUUACCGUGUGCAGUCAACGUCGAGUUUCUUUAAAUCAAGUGAGCCACAGUGCACAUGAAGAGAUUUGACCUGGCAGAACUGUUCGAAUUCUUGUUUUUAUAGAAGAGGGAAACGCAGAAAUGCUUUUGUAACAGUAUUUUUUUUCUUCUGUUAAUGUAUUUUGUUUUUAUUGCUUCCCAUUAUCGACUAUUAGCUGUGUGCUCAGCACCUCCCUUUUUGGAAAACCGCAGCCUGUAAAAGAGAGCUUGCAUUAUUCUCGAAUUCUGAAAUAAAUUUAGUAAUGAUUA